AUGGACUUAUAAAUAAAAAAGUUAACAACGGUGAUUAAUUAAUUAAACAAUAAAUUGGAGCUAUUACAACAUAUCUAAAAUUUUGAAUACAAACAAAUUUCAGAUGUAAUGAAAGUAUUUAAAAAAUAUUGUAGCUUUUAUUAGAAUUAAAUUAAGUGAAUGCUGAAAUAUGUCUUAUGAUACAGUCUGUGAUUAAUAUUGAUGUAAGUUAAUUAAUGGACAAGAUUUUUAAUUGUCUGUAAAAUUUAUUGGUUCAUGUACUAUAGAAUAGAGAGUAGUUGAAUUAUAAGAAAAUGGAUUAAAAGUGUUAAUCAAUUUAAUAUAUUGAUGUAUGUUUAUAGAACUUAAGCACAUAAUAAAAUUUAUUAGGAGGAGUGGCUGUAUAAAAAUAAGGAAAUCCAACAUUAAAAGUGAAAAAUAUUACAUAAGUACCUUGGUAUGAUGCAUCUUAAGGGAUUCAUUUUCCUAAGAAAUAUAUUGAUAAAUAUACAUGUACAACUGAAGAUUAUUUUAUGAAUUGUUCAAAAGCAUUAACUGAUUAAUCAAUUAGAUAGUAGGAAUUUGAUAGUAUCCUUUAAUUUGCAAAUGAAUCAAUUGCAAUGAUGGGAGAGGCAUUAUAAAAUAAAAUAUCACAUGAAUAUAAGGGGAAAGGGAAACCAGAAGAAUUAGAGAAGUUGAUGAAUACUAUAAAAUUUAAAAAAGAAGAUAUAGAUAAAAUAAUGAAAAGCGUUGAUUUAGAUUUAUUGAAGGAUAAGGUGGAAAAUUACGAAUAUGUUGAAUAAGAAAUAAAACAUCAUAUAAUAUAAGUUUAGAGGGAAACAGCAGAGAGAGUAUUUACUAUAUGUAAAUAAUUAUUCAAGGAAUAAAUUAAGAAAGGUAAGUAUUAAACAUAAAGUCAGUUUAAUAAAUAGAUGACUUUUUAAAAAGGUGAUGAAUGUAGAUGUUCAAUAUAUGUUGAUGAAAUUGUAUUUCUUUAAAAUAAGAUUGAAUCUUAAUCUUAAUUGACAAAUAGGUAAUUAUCGGAAUUGAAAGAGAAGGAUCGUAUAAUAUAAGAUAUGGAAUUAUAGAUGAAACUUUUUGAAGGUUAAUUGAAAUAGUAUAUAUAAGAGAAACAAGAUUUGAAAUAAAAAAUAGAUUCAUAGUAAAAUAUAUAAAGAAGAAGUUCAGUAAUGUAAAGACAAUAAAGUUUUGCUAGAAAUAUUUAAUAAAUUGAAGAGUAUUAUUAGGAUUAAUAAUCUUCAAGUCCAAAUAGAAAGAUGUCAAGGGAAGAUAAGGUAUCAUAGAAUAGAAUGACAAAAUCUUAGAUUUCAUUGCCAUUAUAAUAAUUAAAUGAGAAUUUAGAUAAUGAAUAAAUUAAUAAUCUUAUACAUAAAGAUAAAAUGAUAGAGAGAUUAAUAAUAUUAACAAAUGCUUUGGAUAGAUAAAAUAAAGAAAAAAGAUUAUCAUAAUUAUAAUAUGUAGUAGAAACGAAAGGAGAUAGAUAAUUGAUGGAUAUGAUUGAUUUAAUAAGAGAUAUUGAAGAAAAUGAUUUAUAAUUUAAAGAUACAAAAUCAUUUUGUCAUAGUCAAUAAGAUUUUGAUGAUUCUCAUUCACCUAUUAAUAUGACUAAACAUUAUCAUUCUUAACAUAUUGUUGAUUAAGGUGAAAUACCAACAAUUAGAUAAAAAUUCUAAUCUACUAGAGAUUUAAACUCUCCAAAAAUAUAAAGAUUAGAAUAAAUUAAAGAAAUUGAUGAAAAUAAACAUAUUUUAUUAAUUCCAAUUGAAUAAAAUAAUCCAAAAAGAAAAUAAUCGAAAAAUACUAGUCAAUCUAGUUUUAAUGAUAGUAACUAAUAAAUUGAUGAUGUAUCUCCAAAUAUUAGAUAAAAAUAAAGACUUACUAGAACAAAAUCUAACCAUUAAAAAAUAUUUGAAAAUAAAACAGAAAAAGUUAAAAGAACAAGUUCUAUUAAAUUAAAAAUUAAUAGAAAAAUAUCAAAUUAAAAUACUUCCAAUGAUAUUCUAUCAAAUCCUUAUGGAGCUUCAACUGCAUAACCAUUAAAUUCAGGUAGUUUUACUGAAAGAUUACAAUCAAAAAUUAGCACUUUAAAUGAUGAUUAAUUCAAAUUUGAAAAAAAUAUAGAAAAUGAUGAUACUUAAAUGAAAUCCUCAUUAAAUAAUCAUAGUCUUCAUGAUAAAACUAAUACUAAUCCAUUAUAAUCAGGUUUAACAACUUAACAUCACACUCCUAAUAAUUCUUCUCGAUUAACAAAAUUGAAAUCAAUAAAUUAAAAUAGUGAUAAUGUUUCAUCUAAAUUUAUCUCUAAUUCAAAGAUUGUACCUGAAAUAAAUGUUUAAAAUGCAAUAUAAAACCUUUAGUAAACCAAAUUUUAAGAACUAUAAAAUUAAAUUUAAGAAACAUUUUAAAUUUAAGAAGAAAAUGAUAAACUAAUUAAAAAAUAAUCUUUGGCUUCUCAUAAUAAUAAUAAUGGUUUCUAAACAAAGUAAUCAUCUUUACAAAAUAAUUAAAUAUAAUAAGCUGUUACUUAAAAAGAAUCCUCUUCUAUCAAUAACAUAAAUGAAACAAGAAGAUCUUAAAGAUUUAAUUAAAAUACUGCUACUCCUAAUUUAGAUGAUAAUAAUGGCGAAUCUAGUAAUAGAUCACUUAGAAAAAUAAGUCGAUAAAAUAUAUCUUCUAAUUCUAAUUAAAGAACUGUUGGAAAUGAAUCCGUUAAUUUAUAAUCUUAUAGAUAAACUCUUCUGGAUCGUUUGACAUCCUAGAAUGAUAUAAGACCAUAGUUUACAAAUCAUAAAACUUAAACAUCAAAUGAAAACUUAGAAUCCAAAAAAUAAGAUGUAUUUAUUAAAGAUUAUAACAAAAAAUAAAAGGAAGAUUUUGAAAAUAAAUAAAAAGAAGAAAGAGUGAUGUUUGAUUAAAAUUUGUUUGAUAUUGCAGAAUAAUAGGAAGAACAAAUCAUUAAAUAUGCAUUAAAUAAUACUUAAGGAUAUAUGAUAUCUCAAGAAAUUAAUGAUUCAAUCAUCAAGUAAAUGUAUCAAAAUUUAAAGGAGAAUGGAACUCAGAUUAGUCAAACUAUAAAUAAAUUUUAUCAAAAAUAGGAAAAUUAAAAUAUCAAUUUCCAAGAUUUUUAAAAUUUUGUCUCUAAAUUCCAAAACUUACAUAAAAGAUGUGGAAAAGAUUGUAUUCAUGUCACAAGGUAUUUAUUUUAGUUUUAAUAAGAUUUUAUAUGAGAUUAGGAUUUAUACCAAUUAAAUAUUUAAAUAAAAGAAAAGCAAUGAGAUUAGCAAAACCAGUUGUAUUGCCAGGAUUCCCUAAGGUAAAUUGA